AUGACAGAAGACAAUUACCACACAACAACCACCAACCUUGGCGAUUUGCCCCCAGAAAUAGUCCUGCAAAUCGCGCAAAUUCUAGACAAGCAGUCAUUACUCAGGCUCGCGCAAACCUGCCGGGCUCUAUACUGGCUUCUAACACCAGAAAUCAAGGAAAGAGCCCAGACCGCAGCCUUCGCGCCCUUGACCCUCUACGAGGAAAACUUCAUAUACGAUUAUGGACAGCGACACGGCAUCGAUGAACCGGUAUUUAGCUUACACGCCUCGUACGGUGUUCCCGCAGGCGAUUUCGGUGCUACGCACUUUGACGUUCUGGGGAGGGCCGUGGAAACAGGUGAGUUUGAUGUUGUGCGGGGCCUUCUCAACCACGAUGUGAACCCUAACUCAUACGUCGUUUCGGGAGAGAGGUUGCUUAGUUUAGCUGUUCAGUCUCGACGCGUAGAUAUAGUCCCGUUGCUUCUGGAGUUUGGCGCGGACGCAUCGAGACCGGAUCUGAUCACGAAUAUGAGUCCGCUUGUACACGCGGCACGAGGCCAGAAGGAUGAGAUUGUUCGCCUUCUAAUUGAGGCUUCGGGUGAUUUGAAUGCGGACGGGGUUAUGCAGUCGAUCGCAGCUUAUUGCAACCUUGAGACGAUGAAAAUGGCCAUCGCGUACGGCGGAAACCCGGCAGCUAUUUCACGACGUGGAUUGACUGUGCUGCAUAGCAUUGCGAAUCGCAAUGAUGCGCAGCUCUUCGAUUUAGUGAAGGACGAGCUCCCCGCUACCAUCCUUAAUGCUAAGAACGACGUGGGUCAUACAGCAUUGCACAUAGCCUUAGUAGGUGGAAACUCACCUCUAGCCAUGCCUUUGGCUUGCCAUCCAAAGGUGAACAUUGAUAUCCAAGAUAUAUGGGGCUUUACGGCAUUGCAUUUGGCUAUCAGGAACAGACGGUUUGACGUGGCGCAUAUCCUUAUUAACAGGGGCGCCAACUUCAAUCUCUUAACGGUCCAUGGAGAGAAUUGUCUACAUCUAGCUGUUGAAUCUGGGUCGGUGCCCAUCACCCGUAUGUUACUUGAGCGCGGUGCCGACGGAAUUAGCGAUGCAACCGAGUUUGGGUCGAUAUUCUUCUGGGCGACUCGACAUGGUGAUCCGGAGAUGGUAAACCUCUUCCGGCAAGUCCUCUCUGAAUAA